AUGGCUGGUAUGCGAGCUUUGCUGCCUGGUUUGCUGGCGGUUCUGCCCUAUUGUUCGGCCCAGUAUGCCGACUUCUCCAUUCCGUCGACAUUUACGAAUUGGGACAAUGAGGGCUGGGAGUUGAGCACAGAUAGCCUGAUCCAGGGUCAAUAUCAGUCUCGUGCGCCAAUGGGCAAUGGGUAUGUUCAAUUCCCAGAGAUCGGUCACUCCAGAGUGAAAUGA